CGUGUUGCAUAUGGUAUGUUGACAACGUUGUUGAAGCCGACGUCCGAGCAAUGUCCACACGUGACCGGGAAGAGCCGCUAGGGAACAACCGGCAUCCGACUUCGACCUUUGCAACUCAACCCAGGUUCAAGAGGGAUAUCAUCACCACCCUUUCCCGUCCGUCCAUUGCAAGAUGAGCUCUCUUCGCUUUGCUCGCUCUGCCUUCAGGGCUCGUCCCUCCGCCUUCAGCGCUCCUUUCCAGCGCAGAGGUUACGCUGAGGCUGUGUCGGACAAGAUCAAGCUCUCCUUGACCCUUCCUCACCAGACCAUCUUCAAGUCCGCCGGCGUUGUCCAGGUCAACAUUCCCGCCGCCUCCGGAGAGAUGGGUGUCCUCGCCAACCACGUUCCCUCCAUUGAGCAGCUCAAGCCCGGUCUCGUCGAGGUCGUCGAGGAGGGUAACGCCAGCAAGCAGUUCUUCCUCUCCGGUGGAUUUGCUGUUGUCCAGCCCGACUCCCAGCUGAGCAUCAACGCCGUCGAGGCGUUCCCCCUUGAGGACUUCAGCUCUGAGGCCGUCAAGUCUCAGAUCGCUGAGGCCCAGAAGAUCGCCGGUGGCAGCGGCAGCGAGCAGGAUAUUGCUGAGGCCAAGAUUGAGCUUGAGGUGCUGGAGAGCCUGCAGGCCGUCCUUAAAUAGAUUCUUGAUGUACAUAUCCGCUCGUGAUUUCAAUCUGAACUUGUAGAAUUAUAGCAAUUCUCGGGAGAGACCUUUUGAUGAAUUUGAUACUGUCUAACUAUGUCGUUUCCUUCUCGCACAGCGAGGUUUCCUAGCCAGGACUGUCCCUGUCCUUGUGAUCCCCGGUCACACCUUCCUGAAACACAGAUAUCUUGUUGGGUCACACGGGACUAUCUAAUCCCAUCUUGUGGUUCUUUGUUUUCUUUUGCGAAUUUCUGUUGACCAAUGCCAUGAAGACCUAAUACUCACCUGCUGCAUGAAUAUAGCUUCUUUGACUG